AUGCUCCAUCUGCUGGUGCUGGCGCUGCCCCUCCUGGUGAGCCUGGCCCUUCCUGCCCCAGCCGCAGACCAGGCCCUGCAGCGAGCAGGCAUCGUAGGGGGACGGGAGGUCCCUGGGAGCAAGUGGCCCUGGCAGGUGAGCCUGAGAUUCAGCACCCAGUACUGGAAACACUUCUGCGGGGGCUCCCUGAUCCACCCCUGGUGGGUGCUGACCGCGGCCCACUGCGUCGGACCGCAAGUCCAAGACCCCACAGUCCUCAGGGUGCAGCUGCGGGAGCAGCACCUCUAUUACCAGGACGAGCUGUUGCCCAUCAGAAGGGUCAUCCCCCACCCCAACUACUACAUAGUUGAGAACGGGGCGGACAUCGCCCUGCUGGAGCUUGGGGACGCCGUGAACAUCUCCAGCCACGUCCAUCCGGUCACCCUGCCCCCUGCCUCCGAGACCUUUCGCCCGGGGACUCGGUGCUGGGUGACAGGCUGGGGCAACUUGCACAGGGGACAACCCCUGCCACCGCCAUUUCCCCUGAAGCAGGUGAAGGUCCCCGUCGUGGAAAACAGCAUCUGUGACAUGAAAUACCACACUGGCCUGUACACAGGGAACAACAUCCCGAUCGUCCGGGACGACAUGCUCUGUGCCGGGAAUGGCAAGAGGGACUCCUGCCAGGGCGACUCCGGAGGGCCCCUGGUCUGCAAGGUGAAUGGCACCUGGCUGCAGGCGGGUGUGGUCAGCUGGGGCGACGGCUGUGCUCAGCCCAACCGGCCAGGCAUCUACACCCGCAUCACGCACUACUUGGACUGGAUCCACCAGUACGUCCCCGAGGAGCCCUGAGCCCGGUCCCCAGGGCUGCCACCUGGAUCAGCGGAGAAGCCAGUCCCCUCCUGUCCCCACACCGCUGCUUCCUGCUGAGGCGGCAUCCUUCCCCACCUUCCCUGGCCCCCUGCCCUGAGCACCCCCUGUUGACGCCCCUGCCCCGAGCCCAGGGAGUGGGCAGUGGGCACUAACGCUCAUUAAAGAUCAUG